AUGCCUGCUGCCAUAGUAGCCCGCUCUGACAUCAAGGAUUGCACCUCUUUCUCGCCAAAGCUCCCCCAAAAACGCAGAUGGCAUGAUACUAGAAGUUUCCAUCGUCUACACAAGCCUGCCAGUGAGGCUGGCACCACUCAGGCUGGCAGUGCUAGCCCGAGUGUGCCCACGAACAAAGAUCACAAGCCUACUAAUCAGAUGAAAUCUGAUUCUGUAUCCACAGAUUUGUCGCCGAAAAACAUAACAGCGGCAGCACGACAAAACAUCAAAACAUCCGAGUCCCUGCCAGUGGGCCUCAGGCUGCCACUGGCCCGUGCCAUGCCAGUAGAAGAGGAGGUGCAACUUCAAGUUGAAGAGCCUGAGAACACAGUUGAACUCUCUCGGGCUACUACCAUGGCUACCCAACUUGAAGUUGCUGCAGAUGACUGUGACUAUGAUGUUCCUUUGUAUAAUCCGGACUCGGACUCAGAGUCGGACUCGGACUCGGAUGUGCAGCAGUUUUACAAUUCUGAACAGUUUACCCCCAUUGUACGGGAGGUAUGGAAAUAUUUAACUGGGCCUACUCCAGCUAAAAGUUACAUGGAAUUUCCGGGCGUGGGACCACGAGAAUUCGAGCUAUUGGAACACGCGGUAAGGGAAACGGGCCGAGUAGCCACGAAGCCAAGGCUGACAUACGACUAUAACCAACAUCUCCUUACCAUCGAUAUGCCUACCAUCUUGCAUGAAGCAUUUUUCGAUGACUUGAAGCAAUCGUUUACGCUCGCGAUAAACAAUAUUCCUUACAAUCGCAGGACGAUACGCCCCCAAAUCCACAUGAACUACCCGCUUCAGGUCGCGGACAAGUCUAUGACACCUGAUAUGGCGAUCUCGCUAACCGCGACCCAAGGACCCACAGAAGUCGUCCUCAUUCCGUUCGUAGGAGAGACUGCUUUGACGGAAGAGUGGGACCAUGUGUUUGAGAAAGUAGAGUCCAUGAUCGCGGAAUAUCCUGAGACCAUCUUAGCCUCAAUCGUCCUCGUACGCGAAGCCAAACGUUAUGUGUGUCCUGCCGACUCGUCUACCGCGUCGAAGACGCUGCAUAACCGUGGGGGCAACGAUCUCCGCGGCAAACCUGCACCCCUUCCUCUCAAGACGUUUAUCAACAAACGUUCUACACCACGCAACUUCGAGCAGCCCGUCAGGAUCGCUAAUCAUACAUGGUGCCAUGUCCAAUCAGUGGAAUACUUUAUGUGGUUGAAAGGGGAUAAGAAGAAACCAAUCGACAUGCGCAAUGGAAAGGCGGAGCACAGGGCCCAUGGGACCUUGGUGCCCGGAUUGCAUAUGGAACCGGUCACACAGAUCCUCGACAAGGCAAUGGAGAAAUUUAGAGAUUUAUUCCUCGAAUUCCAGAAAAAAUCUGACCCCACGUCUGCCAUCGAUCAUUCUGUGCUGAAAAACUUCGUCAACCCACCAUUUCCCAUCGACUGGGAGCUUAGCGCUCUUGGCAUCAUGUCUGCGGUGGAUCUUACAGCGCACCUGCGCUACGUCAACUGGCACGCUGGACGUUUCCGAGGCAAACGCAACCGUGACUCGUCGUACGAGCCUUCAGAAUCAGAGCAAGAUGGUAACGCGAAGUCUCGUUCCAGGCGUUCUCGGCGCGCCUUAAAACCCCCUCCACCUCAUAUGUUUCAAAUCAUGUCAAUGGGUCCCAUCGCGUCCAGUUCCAAUCUGGUGGCGGAUGCUAGUACUAGUACUAGUAGUACCAGUAAACCCAAGAAGAAUACGGCUGACAAGCCUAAAUCCUCCAAGGGUGCCAACAAGUCUAGGGCUGGUCGCAGUGACAAGAGUCGGUACAAACGUCGAAAGCUUUAG